ACAUGGCCGCCGCAGACCCGUCGGAGUCUCCCACACGACAGAAACACCCUGCGGAGGAUGUGGAGACGUGUGCGGAGAGGAGCCUGAAGCAGAGAGACGAACCCACCCGGAGCGGAAGCACCGAGAGCCGCCACGAUGAGCGGGGAGUCGCUGCGGGCGAGGACCGCGGCGGUGUCGCCAGCCAUUCGGGGGUUAGUGUCUCGUCCGGUGCUGGAGCAGACAACACGACAUGUAAUUCACCAGAGGACCAGAGGACGGCCGGGAAAAUGGCCGAGGUGGCGGGGAGCAAGCAGCGGGCUUUCGACUGGUCAGAAGACGAGGACGGAGAGGAGGAGGAGGAGGAAGAGGAGGCGCGAUCACACAAGGAGGAAGAUGAUAAGAGUGACCCCAGUAAUGUUACAGAGAGGGCUGAUAAGGUGCAGCAGGAUGCACAUGUUGAUGGUACUGUAGCCGCUGAUCCGAAGGAGGUGCCUGAGGAGGAGAACCCACAGAGCAGCACAGAUAUGGUGCCUGAGGAGCAGGGGAGCACAGAGAAGGUUCCUGAGGAGCAGAACUCACAGACGAGCACAGAGAAGGAAGUGCCUGUGGUGCAGAACUCUGAGACGAGCACAGAGAAGGAAGUGCCUGUGGUGCAGAACUCUGAGAGGAGCCCAGAGAAGGAAGUGCCUGAGGAGCAGUUAGGAGACGCAGACGGGACGGAGGACGCGGUUGAAGACGAGGAGGAGGCAGACCGAGGGGAGGACGCUGAUCUGGCAGCCAAGCCGAAAAAGUGCCGUCUGGUGUGUAAGGAGUGCGGCAUGAGGUUUAACCGCCGCGAGACUUUCAACCUUCACCGCCACUUUCAUGCGCACGCGGACGAGCUCACGCCCCUCACCUGCAAAGAAUGCGGCCUUACCUUUCAGCACCGCAGCGGCCUCAUCAAACACAAGAAUGAACACAAAGAGAAGGAGGAGGAACUUGUCACUCCAAAGAAGGAGGUGCAAACGAAGGAGGAGGUAAGUGUUCAAUGUGCAGAAUGUCGAAGGAUCUUCUCCACAGUGGAUAAGCUGAGGGACCACAGCUGCAUCAAUACAGUCGAAUAUCCUUACCACUGCCCCCUGUGCCGCCAAGAUUUCCAGUAUAGGAUGUCUAUCACAAAGCACAUGAAGAUCCACUCCCAGGAGAGCAUUUUUACGUGCCAGGAGUGCAAUAAGAGCUUUCCAAACACCACCGACCUGCGCUAUCAUCAGCGAUGUCACACCGCCCUCAAGCCCUAUGAAUGCCCAGAGUGCGGCUUGGUUUUCAAACACUACUCUGUCAUGGAAGACCACCGUCGCAAGCACACGGACAGCGCACGCUCUCACCUGUGCACCAUCUGUGGCAAGACCUUCAAGUAUAGCAGCCUCCUCCAUCAGCAUCAGUAUCUCCACACGGGCCAGAAGCCCUUCCGCUGCCCUGAAUGUGGUAAAACAUUUGCCUUCGCCCAGAACAUGAAGGCACACUGCCGCCAGCACAGACUGCGUGAAACCAGCUCCCCCAUGGAGCAGCCCUGCAAGCCGAUGCCAGUGCCAGUACAGGAGGAAGUUAAGGGCCUAGGAAAAGAGAAUUCCGACCAGAGUGAGGAAACAAAACGCACAUUCAGAUGCCCUCUUUGUUCCGAGGCCUACAGCUCACCAGCUAACCUAAGAGCCCACAUGCUCAUUCACGAGGCCGAGUAUGAAACGCUGGACAGAAUACCCAAACCCCCAAAGGACAUCAACAAGCACUGGGAAAAAGGACACGCAUGUCCACACUGCCCCUGUGUUUAUCGUGAUGAAUCCAGUUUAAAGAUACACCUGCUAAGUGUCCACAAGUUGGUAGCAUAUUUAAAAAAGAAGUCCGCACCUCCAAGAAAUCAAGUGUAUCUGCAAAGAAGUGAUAAUGUGAAGGUGAAAUGGAGAAGCGAUGGCAUAGGUAUUGAGACACACAAAUGUUCUGAGUGUGGAAAAACCUUUCGCCAUCGCUCAGUGUUAGAACUGCAUAUGCGCAUACAUUCCAAGGACAAGCCUUACCAGUGCAAAGAAUGUGGCAAAAGCUUCAGAUUCAGUAGCUACUUGCAGCAGCAUGUUAUCAUUCAUACUGGCCAAAAGCCAUACAAAUGCCCCGACUGUGGGAAGGACUUUGCCUUCCUGCAGAACAUGAGAACCCAUCAAAAGCUGCAUCAGGAGAAACCAUUCCGCUGCACCAACUGCCGCAAAGGCUACAGCGACGAGACCCAGCUGCAGCAGCAUAUGCUGUCGCACAAUGGUGACAAACCUCACAAGUGUCACAUGUGUGAUAAGAGCUUUGGGUUGGCCUAUCUCCUCCGUGAUCACAUGAACACACACACAGGAGAGAGACCUCAUCAAUGCGACGAGUGUCACAAAACCUUCUCCUGGUUUAGUAGCCUGCUAGUUCACCAGAAAAUUCACACUCGCAAGCGCCAAGGUUUCAGCCAGUAUAAUUCUCUGGCGAUGAGUGCUAGGAUGAGAGGAAGGGGUAGCAGGGGGAGGAGAGGGGGGAGGUUCAUGUUGGGCUGGUCCAGACCGUUAGGAGGCUCAGGGAUGCUUAAUUCUCAGCCAACUAAAUUUCCAGAUUCUGCACUAAGUGGCCCUGAGUUGCACAGCAGGGCAGAGCAGCAACAGUCUUCCAUGGUCUCGUGGAACAUUGAUUUACCAACCAGGCAGAUGAAGGAUCCCUGGACGUUCGAGCUGCAACCUCAGCCGGUGCAGUGGACGGUGGACGGUGGAGAAGUCAUGCCUGUCCCAUCGUCACAGCAGCAACAUGCAGCUCCACGGCAAGCGCAGAUUGAAAUCCCGCUGCAGGCAGGUCUGCAGCAGAGGAGUCCAGGCUGGGCCGACAGCCCUCUGAUAACUCAUGCAGGCCCGGCAUCGGCUCCGAGCUUAGAGUCGUCACAAGUGAAAGAGAGCACAGCUUCUUUUGUCAGGUCCCACCUGGCAUCUGUGCCAAAAAAAUCCAUUCCAUUAGCAGUGAGUGAGGUGGAGCAGCACAGGCAGCCCAUACCUAUUACAUGGAGCAUGGCACCCAUGUCCACAGUGGUAGCUUCCACAAGCUCCCUGCAAAAUGAUUUUUCUAUUCCCUCCUACAUCGAUGGGGCGGCUCUGUGGAGCAUCAGACCCUCUGCAAAUUCACCAAGCAUUCCAAAUCAGCUUGCCAGCCAGCGCGGGCCUCAGGCUUAG